AUGGGCGACGUCAAGCUGACCGACAAAGACCUUCAGAAACUAGACGAAGUGGAGGAUGUUGAGAACCCGUCCGCCGAUCGACUCACUCCAGAUGAGUUAAUUGUGGAGAAGAAGCUCGUGAGGAAGAUUGACUUCAUCAUCAUGCCAAUCAUUUUGACUGUCUAUCUGCUCAACUGGAUCGACCGCAAUAAUUAUGCCUCUGCUCGUCUAGCAGGUCUAGAAGAAGACUUGGGCCUCAGCCUUCAACAAUAUCAGACUGGACUGUCAAUUCUCUUCGUUGGAUAUAUCCUAGGUCAGAUACCUUCGAAUCUAUUACUGAAUUACUUUGGUCGCCCUUCCUGGUAUUUGGGGUUUUUCACUAUUGCCUGGGGUCUCGUUAGCGCAAUGUCAGCACUAGCGCAGAAUUUUGCAGGCAUCGUGGCAUGCCGCUUCUUUCUUGGCGUGGUCGAGGCACCCUUCUUUCCUGGCGUGUUAUUCUACCUGACGAGGUGGUACACCAAGAAGGAGAUGAACUUGCGCAUGAGUAUAUUCUACUCCGGUGCUCUGAUUGCCGGCGCUUUCGGCAACCUCAUCGCGGCCGGCAUCUUGAAUGGAAUGGAUGGCAAGAUGGGUCUGGCCGCGUGGCGCUGGCUCUAUAUCAUAGAAGGGUCAAUAACAGUGUUAAUGGGCAUCGUGGUGGUGUUCUUCUUACCUGAUUUCCCUCAGACAUGGCGCCGACUCACUCCCGAGCAGAAACAUGUUGCAAACCGUCGUCUUGCUCUUGAAGCCGCUGAUGCCGAUGUCGACGAAGAAGGUGCCAUGUCGCAGAUCAAGGGCCUGAAACUUGCUCUUACAGAUCUCAAGACUUGGAUUUUUGUCGGAAUCUACAUGUGCUUGACGGGCGCACAAGGUUUCGGGUAUUACUUUCCCACUCUGGCUCGCUCAUUAGGAUACAACAGUUUCAUAUCUCUACUGCUAGUAGCACCGCCUCAUGUUUUCAUGACUAUCUGGAGUUACUGUCAUGGAAUCGUCAGUGACAGAUUCGAGACCCGGUUCUGGUUUGCCAUCUACCCGAUCGUUCCCGCAAUCACUGGAUUCAUCCUCUUUAUGACGUCUACUUCUUUCGGCCCAAAAUACUUCUCAUUCUUCCUUAUGAUGUUCCUCAUGACGAUGAAUGGAACAAUUUUCUCAUGGAUCUCGGGCGUCCUGACCCGUCCGCCAGCCAAGCGAGCUGCAGCAUAUGCUCUCAUCAACUCUCUGGGCAAUUCUGUUACUAUCUGGACGCCGUACACCUAUCUCGACAAUGAAAGGCCUCAUUUCUACACGGGUAUUGGUAUCUGCAUUGGUCUUAUGACCGUGGCAGCAUGCCUGCUCAUUUUGCUCCGGUUCAUCCUUAUCCGGGAGAAUUCGAAAUUGGCCGCACUGGAGAAUGAGAAUAUGAGUCUGUCAGAGAAAGAACUCGCCAGGCUGCAACGUACGGCGGAUACAGAAGGAAUUUCCAUUGCACAGGCUAGGCAACUCCAGAAGGGAUUCAGGUAUCCUAUUUAA